UCACGCGUGUUGCACGUGCAGAUAACAUUUCUGCAAAUAUCCAGAACCAAAUCCUCUAAUGACACGACACCAUUAUCUUCACCUCCAAGCUUAAACCCCGAUAAUCACUAACACAUCACAGGAACUAAACCCCACAGAAAAAAAAAUGGUAGCAGCAAAUCUAAAAUCAGAGACAAUGAAGCUAAUGGACAAAAGAACCGCCGUUGAAGCUGAAAUGAACACUAUCAUCGAUCACCUUUGCCAGCCUGGCGGUCCCGGUCUCUCCGGCAAUCUCCUCGACUUUGAGGGAUUUCCCCGUCAAGACAUUGACAUUCCAUCUAUAAGAGCUGAACGGCAACGUCUUGCUGUGCUGAGAAAUGACCACAAGGAGAUAACUGAGAAAAUAAAUGAAAAUAUACAAGUUUUGCAUUCAGCAAGGCUUGCUUCUAGAUCUCCAUCUGUUAAAGAUUCAGGUAAUAGUGCUUCAAACAAUCAAAACUCAUCAGUUGAUGGUGUUGUUGCUUCUGCAUCUUCACACAAUGUUCUUCUGAAAGAUGCUUCCAAUUCCAUGGAUCUGGACGCCAUUGUCAGCAUACCCUUCGCAGUGGUUGAUGAAAUAGCCGAUGGAUCACCAACAGCAGAGGAUGGUUUACAACUUGGAGAUCAGAUUAUCAAAUUUGGCAGUGUGGAAUAUCAGGUUGGUAUUAAUCUUCUGCAAAGGCUUGCUACUGAGGCUCAGGCAAAUCAAGGUUGUGCAACACCUGUGAUAGUUUUGAGGCAAGGUGCUCCAAUCAAUUUAACAGUGACUCCUAGGACAUGGCAAGAUAGGAGCCUCCUGGGUUGCAGUUUCCGGAUUUUGUAACUGGUUGCAUGGAGUGAACUGGGUACAACUGUUUCCAUCCAUCAGUUCAGUGAUGAGCAGUGCUUGGAUAAGGCUUGUUGACAGUAAAAACUCUCUAGCUUUUUCAUUUUCUUCCUUAUUUUGUGGCAGUCAAAUACUUGGUUUAGCAAUAUGUUGAAAAUUCCAAAGACCUUAUGAUUUAGUUAUAUCUACUUUUUCCUUUUUGCC